AUGGGUGACCAACAACCGCAACCUACAGAUGCUUCGAAUCUAGAAUCGCACCACCCAUCACAGUCACCGAUCACCACCUCUUUUCGCAAAACCGCCCGUUUGAUCUGCCUGGAAGAACACGCCGUCUCGCCGUUCCCCGUGCCGAGCACAUCGUCCACUUUCAACAUCUUCAAACCCACAUACAUAUCGGGAGUCAAAGAGCGUCUCUCCAACAUCUCGCAUCGUAUUGCCGUAAUGGACGCCCAUAAUAUCGGCGCGCAGAUCAUUUCCAUGAAUCAGCCGACCGCGCAAGCAUUCACUGAUCUGCAACAGCAGGUGGAAUGGUGUAGGAAGUCCAACGACUUUGUGGCUGAGAACUAUUGCCGCGCUUAUUCCGACCGCUUCUUUGCCUUUGCGACCUUGCCGACACUGAAUGGACAGGCUGCGGCAGAGGAGCUCGAGCGGUGUGUGGAGGACUAUGGCUUUGUAGGGGCAAUGAUCAACGGCUUCAACAACACGACGGAUCCGACUCGCGGGCUGUACCUCGAUGAUCCGCAGUUUGAUGUGCUUUGGGAGGUGGCGGAGCGGUUGCAGAAGCCCAUAUUCAUCCAUCCUCGGGUUCCGCUGGUGAGUAAUAUGAAGGUGCUGGAGGAUAUGCCGAUUUUUCAUGGCGCGCCGUACGGGUUCGGACGAGAGACGUGUGAGCAUAUUUUCCGGAUAAUGUACGCCGGAGUGUUUGAUCGGUUUCCAAAGUUGAAGGUGUGUUUGGGGCAUAUGGGAGAGGGGUUAAGCUGGAUCUUGCCCCGGACGGAUAGUACCUUCCGUCUUUACUCGGCUGAGGCGCAAGGACCGAAGAAGAAGCGAUUUCAGAAGUAUUUCCAACAGAAUAUCCUGCCCAAUACGAGCGGCAUGCCCAGAACUUCUGCACUGGUGCAAUUGCUGGCUGAAUCAAAGGCGGAGAACAUCAUGUUUGCAGUGGACUACCCGUAUGAGUAUGUGGCAGAGAUGAGGGCGUGGUUCGAGACGGUACCCGUGUCAGACGAGACGUGGAAGGAUAUUGGGUACCGUAACGCCAUCAAAUGGUUCGGCCUGCCGCUGGAUUAUGAUGAGUGA